AUGUCAGUCCUCUUCGAAACAUCAUUAGGGAGACUCGUCAUUGAUUUAUACACAGAAGAACGUCCGCGAUGUUCUUUUAAUUUUCUGAAAUUGUGCAAAGUUAAUUAUUAUAACGGAUGUCUUUUUCACAGCGUGCAGCGAAAUCUGGUAGCUCAAACUGGUGAUCCUUCCGGUACAGGUCGUGGUGGAAGCUCGAUUUAUGAGCAAGUUUACGGCGAACAGGCUCGAUACUUUGACAGUGAACCACUUCCAAAAAUAUUUCACAAGAAAUGCGGUUUAGUUUCCAUGGUUAAUAAUGGUAGCGGUCAGCAUGGGUCACAAUUUUUCAUUACUCUCGCUGGUGAUUUGGAUUAUCUUGACAAUGUGCACACUGUAUUUGGCGUUGUUACUGAAGGAGAAGAAGUUUUGUCCAAAAUUAACGAUGCUUAUUGUGACAAAGAGUCUCGGCCCUAUAGAAACAUCCGCUUACGCCGAUCGAUUGUUCUUGAUGAUCCUUAUCCGGAUCCUGAUGGCCUUGAAAUACCAACUUCAUCGCCGAAGUACUACAAAUCCUAUGAGGAUAUGGACAGCUUAGCUCCUCCGCGAAUUGAAGAAGACGAAGAUUUAGAAGGCGAUGGUGAUGGAAAAGAAUUGACCGAAGAGGAACGAGCAGAGCGCGAGGCCAUGAAGGAGGCGCGAACCAACGCUCAACUCCUCACACUUCUAGGUGAUUUACCCGAAGUGGAUGCUAAACCUCCGGAGAAUGUCCUUUUCGUUUGUCGACUUAAUCCAGUCACUCGGGCUGAGGAUCUUGAGAUUAUUUUUAGCAGAUUUGGAGAGAUUCUCUCCUGUGAAGUGAUCUAUGAUAGGAAAACGGGCAACUCCCUUCAAUAUGCCUUCAUUGAAUUUGCCAAUAAAGAAGAUUGUGAAGAGGCUUUCUUCAAGAUGGACAAUGUUGUGAUUGAUGAUAGACGUAUUCAUGUUGAUUUCAGCCAAUCGGUGGCGAAGGAGUGGUUUAAGUAUAAGGGUGAUAAAGACGCUUCGAGGAAAUCCCAUCCUUCUAAUUUUAGUCCAAAUUCUAAACGUCGGCAUCAUCAAGAUAGGGAGAAGAGAAGGGAAGACCGUAGAGAUAGAAGCAGGAGAAGUCGAGAAAGGAGUUCGGAAGGGGUGGAAUUUUAUCGAGAACAAGAGGGAAUGGAAUAUCUUCUCUCGGACUCUGAGGAUUCUCAUUCAUCUCGAAGAAAAAGGGCCAAAAAACACGACAGAAGUGGUAAGAUAAACUCACCUUUUUAUGGAGGUGAGUUCUUCCCUUGA